CCCCUGACAUGUUGUGAGUGAUCCAUCUUGUCCCACAAACAAUCUUUGCCAAAGCCCGCUUACUGGUGGGGAAAACCCAAAACCAAAAGUAACGCUUUUACUACUUCUUUCCAGGAAGUAGCCUGUACCGUCUGGAAGUAAAUGUUAGCAGGUCUCUGGCACACACGCACUGACUGAUGCUGAAGUUUUUUUUACCGUCAUGUCGGAUUUGUCGGACCGCUCCAUGAACGUCAACUUGCUGAAGGAGCCGGUAGUGAGGAAACUCUGUGAGGUUUUGGACAGAAGUAGCGAUAAAGGUUGGCGUAAACUCGGACAGCUCGUCGGCAAUGACAGGCGGCAUAAAGUCAGCUCUGAUGAGAUGGAGAUGUGUUCUCUGAAGGUGCUGGAGGUGGAAGGCAGCCCCAGUCGCAUGCUGCUGAGGUUGAUUGGAGAACGAGGCUGCACCACGGGGCACUUGAUCGACUACCUCCAAACUCUGGGCAACCCAGAGGCCCUGCAGUGCCUGAAACCAUCAGACUUACAGAUCCUCAUUCAGCCCCAGUCUGUGGCACUCAUCUCUGGACAUAACCUGCGCCUUAGCUGCUAUGCUGUGGGCAAAUUUCCAGUGCAGUAUCAGUGGUUCAAGACUAAGGAAGAGGUGCCCAACAGCUUCUCCCCAGACCUGGUGAUCAGUCCGGUCCAUCUGAAGGAUGCUGGUUUUUACAUCUGCAGGGUCAACUGUGGAGAGGCCUUUGAAUUCAGUCAGUGGGUUCAAGUGGAUGUCCUUAAUAUCACCAUGUUUCACGGGCAGAGUUACCAGUCGCUGGAGGGUCGGCUAAAGUUGGUGAUCCAGCCCCAGUCUCAGCAGUUGCACGUUGGGGAAACACUGCAGCUGGAGUGUGGAGCAGUCGGACGGCCGAUCCCUCGCUACCAGUGGUACAGAAAUGGUGUUGCAAUUCCCAAUGCUUCGAAGCGGAAACUUGUGAUUCCGCAUGUGAUGCAGGAUCACGGUGGCAAGUAUCGCUGUGAGAUCAGCAGUAGCAGUGAGCGAAUGUGGACUAAUGAAGUUCAAGUUUUCAUCGUACCAAAGGUGCGUGUCCAGUUUUCAGGAGCAAUGGAGUGCUCUGAAGAUGACGUCUACGCUCUUGGAGCAGGUUCUGACAUGUUCCUCUUAAACAGUAUUCCUGAACAGCUUUAUGCGACUGACAAAGUAGCACUGCUGAUCGGCAAUCUGUCCUACCAGAACCACCCGCAGCUCAAAGCUCCCAUGGUGGAUGUGUAUGACCUGACCAACCUCCUACGGCAACUAAACUUCAAGGUGGUGUCACUGCUUGACCUCACUGAGUCAGAGAUGAGAAAUGCUGUUGACGAGUUCCUGUUGCUUCUUCAUAAGGGGGUCUAUGGUCUGCUGUAUUAUGCUGGCCAUGGGUAUGAGAACUACGGUAACAGUUUCAUGGUGCCAGUAGAUGCACCAAACCCAUACCGGUCAGCAAACUGUCUGUGUGUGCAGAGUAUCCUUAAAUUGAUGCAGGAGAAGGAGACGGGUCUCAAUGUUUUCCUGUUGGACAUGUGCAGAAAGAGGAAUAUACACGAUGACAGCACUCACAACAUUGUCCUGAGAGUUACAGCCAACAUCGUCUUUGGAUAUGCUACGUGCCAAGAUGCUGAGGCAUUUGAGCUGAGCUCCACUGGCUUCACCAAUGGUGUAUUUGUCAAGUUUUUGAAGAAAAGACUACUUGACGAUGAGAAGAUCACUGUGGUGCUGGACAGAGUUGCUGAGGACAUGGGUCAGUUUGAUGCCACAAAGGGGAAGCAGGCUCUGGAGAUCCGUAGCAGCUUGUCUGAGAGGAGAGCUCUGACCGAUCCGAUUCUGCCUGGUGACACCGCUGAUCUUGUCCAGGCACAGAGCCGUCAGUGGGCAAAGGCUCAUGAGCUGCCUGAGACUAUGUGUUUAGAUUUUGAUUGUGGUGCUCAGAUCAAGUUGGGUUUUGCUGCAGAGUUUUCCAAUGUGCUUGUUAUUUACACCCACAUCAUUAAGAAACCUGAGGACAUGUCCUUCUGCCAAGCUCACGUCACAGACUUCUCACAGGACCUUGAUGUAGAUCCCAAAGAAAUGAACAGGGAGACUCCAGAGGAGACUGGGAUCUAUUUUCUGUCCAGCAGCCUGCCGCAGCAUUGUCUCUACACACGAAUCAGCUCACUGCAGAAGCUCAGGGAGGAGCUUGUUUUCACUGUGUGCCUCCAGGGCACCUUCAUUGCCAUGGAUGACGAUCCUGUAUACUGGAGCCAAAGCAUCAACAUUGGAAAACCACUGAUCGCCCGUUUGGACCUUCACCAGGCUAUGCGACGAAAUAGCUGCCUGCAGACCUGCCUGAUGCCCCACAGCCCCUGUCACAGCCCCGGACCUGAGAAUCGCCUCCAGGUACUUCAUGGCCAGCACCAGGUUCAGGACUGCAACCGCCUGUCACCACAGCUCCACCACCUGGACGUGUAUGACCAACUUCAGGGCGCAGUGGGUGGCUGUGGGGAUACACACUAUGACAAUAUUAGCCAUUUUCAACAUCAGCUGGCUGACAGCUCAGGUGCUUGGCCAUUGAGCUUGCCAGGUAGGCUCAGCAUCCCCAUAGAAACCAGCGAUGACAUCAGUGAACUACAGACUGUGUUCAUGAACAGUCUGCAGUUUCAGCAGCCGUGACAUCACGGCCAAAUGUGAAAGAGGUGUCCACAAAAGAAAAGCUUAGAAUGUCUCGUAUGUGGAUUACAGCUGCUCUGUUACAUAUAGUGCAGUAAUGUAUACAUGGUAUACAUUACUUCAGCUGGAGUGCAAAAUUUAUACUGCAGCCACCAAGUUGUAUAUUGAUUUGUAGGGACGGUGCCGAUUCAAUGUUUGUAUCGAGUUCCGAUGCCAGUGUAAUUCAUGGAUCGUUCAUUUCUGAUGCAAUCUGCAGAGUUUUCCGAUUCAGGAGCCAUGUCUGUGUCUGUGUGUGUAUAUUUUCUAUUGAAACGUCUCCACAGGUGCUGUUGGCUGCUCUGCUGGCUGGCUGCAGAGUGCGGGGGGGCGUACGCAGGCGUGUCUCAAUGAGAUGUGGAGUAAUGAGACACGCCUCCGUUUGGUAGGUCCCUCCUGCAGUUUGCAGGCAGCUAGCAGGCGAGCAUUGAGGAGUACUGUUGCUGACCAACUUUUCAUGGCAACAUGUCCGUUAUUAGAAAGUAUUUUAUACUAGAAACACAGCAAAGCAAAGCCAUUGUACUGAGAGUUGGAAGCUUCGUCGCGAACUACAUUACAACCAGCUUAAUCAUUUAAAAGAAGCACCACAUUAAAGAGCAGGAGGAUUUCUUAAGCCGGGGGCAGACAGACAAAAGCAGCCGGGAGAAAGAGUACGACUCAGGCUGACUUCAAAUAUGAGUAAAUUAAGUACUUUUAUUUAAUUUUUUAGUUGUUUGUUGCGGCAUUUUGGAAAUGCCGAAAUGCACUCAUACCUCAAAACAGUACAUGUAUUCGGGGUGGGUGCAUCAUCUAAUGUUCAAGAGAUGAAACUUCAGCCAUUGACCCAACAGUGGCCCAGUUUACAUGUUCAUAAACAUGUAUACCAUUAAUCAGAUUUAUUUCGUCCAGAUAACUAACAGUUAUCUGAUUAUUAUGGUCAUGUAAACGUGCUCCAAUAUGGGGAGCUCAGCUCGACGGAGGAGCUCAUCUCCUGUGAUCUGGCUGUGAAAAAAAUCAAGGGCACCUGAAUUUUGCUUUUUUUUUUUGUUUGUUUUUUGUUUUUUUUUCCACAGGGAGGGCGCCCCAAAAAUUUCAUAUGAGUACAUGCACUGUUUUGAGGAACCAAAACAUCAAAUCUGGGCUUGCAUCUCAGAUGUACCUUCUGGCAAAUUGUAACUCAACUUUCAGGUCUUCUUUUUAAGAAAAUCCUCCUCUAUACCACUUCAUCAUGAAGCUUUAUAACUGGGGAUAUGAAAUAUCCACAUAAAAUCAACAAUAAUGAUAAUAUUAAUAUUAAAGCAAACAGAGCUCUGGUAUCGGAAUAGUAUCAGUAUCAGAUAUCUAAAUUUGGGUACUGGGAUUGUACGUGAAGAAUGUGGAUCGGUGCAUUCCUAUUGACUUGUACUUAUAUUUUAGUGAUAGCUGUACACACAUUUUUUUCGCAAUGUGAAAAUGUGCAUUUGAAUACCUGCCUGAAUUGUACAAUGGAUGAUAACUGUUGCAGUCAAGCACCAAAAUCUGGUUAUUAAUUUAACCCUUGUACCCUAAGGGACAAGUGUAGUUACCAUAGCACUAUGUUCUGUAGUAAUAAUUUGACCAUCUCAAAAUUGCUAACUUGAUAAAACAGAAAUGAGAGACGUACCAAUGAAACAAAUUUGAUAUGCAGCAACGGGCAGUGCCUAGCUAGUGUUUGUAUUCAUUUUUUUAUUCUUUAAAUAUGAAUUGAAACAAAUCUGUGUUUAAGCAGUGUAACUGACAAGUUGGACUGGGUGGCAUGGCAAAAAAUAUUAAAUUUUUUUUCCAUGGUGAUAUAGAUAUUUAUCACAUCAUAUAAUUACAUCCACCAAGGACGUAAAAUCAAAAGCGUUUAUUUGUCUGUCUGUCUCUCUGCCUUUUAGCAGGAUUACAUCAAAACUACUGCACGGAUUUUGACAAAAUUUUCACCACUGAUACA